UCUCCAUGGCAACGCGACCAGGAAGUCGAAGCUCAGAGGGAGAACGGACCAAAAAAAGAUGGCUCUUUUGCUUUUGGCAAAUAAAACUAACCUUUCGUACGCAUGACUUUGUCAGACUUCGCAGAUUUUUUUCUGCCAAAACCUUACCGUAACAUCUCCACCGUGAGUCCAGGAUGUCUGCUCCCAUGAGAGCCAAUUCAGCGCCAAGUUCGUCGAGGGGGCAGCGGGCUAAGGAAACCAGAGUAGCAGAACUGAAUUUUCAAGUCCCAGCAGAAAGCAGAGAGUCACCGCUUCCCCCCAUCAACAACCAGAUCAUCCCAGAUGAACUGCUGGUCAGCCUUACCUCUGCUGUCUGCAACAGGUGCACACUAGGGCACACUGCACACCAUCGACACUGCAAGGGCUAUGGCAUCAGACGGCCAGAUGCAGUCUGGCAUCACCCACUCGGACGCAAGAAAUACAAAUACUUUUUGGAGCAGCCGACGUCCCUGACUGGAGCUGGCAGGGAUAUUUCAUUUCUGUGUGAUGCUACAGUAACCCAGAGGAAGACAGUACCGCUCCCACCACUGACUGACCGGAGUGGCAACGCACAGAACUUGAGUGUCUCAGAAAGUCUGGUCCCAGAGGAAUAUCACAUUGUGAAAAACAAAGGGCUGCAGAGCCUUGAGUUGUAUGAAGAUGCAUUCACAGUGCAGCUGCAGGAUGACGAGCAGAAGCUACGGGUCUUCCCUUCACUGAGGCCCAGUGGCAGACUUGAAGUGGUCCAGCUGAUGAGUAUGAUGGACGACAUGCUGCUGAAGGCUGGAGUGGAUCAGCAGAGUGAAGAGCUGACUGAGCUCUCGCAGAUGGAGGGUCUGCUGGAUUUGGUUCGGGUGGAGCAGAACAUCUACAACAUUGUGUUCCAUGAACUGAUCAGGCAGGUCAGCGUGAGUUGUGCUGAGAGAGGACAGCUGCUUGCCAAGCUCAGACAGCGCUACCAGUCCCUGCUCCAGCGAAUCCCCCACCGUCUGAAGGCUCUGCACACUGAGGGAGUGGCGCAGCGGACUCUGGACCGGCGGCUCACUGAGGAGAUCCACCACAUCAAGACAUCCAUGCAGCACCUCAGCACGGAACUGUCCAGAAUCAGAGACCACGAUGCCUUUGUUUCCCAGCAAGCAGAGCGUGCUCACCAGCAGCUGGCUGGUGCCCUAGAGCAGACACACACCAACUCAGAUGUGGUCCAGGGUUACCACGAGCUGUACGAGCUACAGAGGAUUCGCCUUGAGGCCCAGCUGCUCCACAUGACUGAGGAGAGAGACUGCUGGAGUCAGCUCACCUUCUGCCUCGCCCUCAAGUUGAUCAGUCUGAAGAAGCUGAAGCUCAUGAGUCAGCUGCAUAUCAGCGAGCAGAGCUGGUUCAAGACAGCAGAGCACUGCAGCCUUUACCUCACUUCACAGGACACACAGGACCUGAAUAACAUCAUGGAGUAUAUUAACCAAUGGAAGGAGAAGUUGACUGCUUUCACAUCCCAGCUGAAGAAGAAAGAGCAUGCUCAGUGCAACCAGCUUAGUGACAUCCACCAAGGCAUCACCAAGUGGCUCAGCGAUGGCUCUACACAGAACAAGUGUCCUGAUCCCAAAUAUGAGAAGGCUUCACUGGAAAAGAUUUAUGCUGAUUUGAACCAGUGGUUAAAUGCUUUGGUCCUCCAGUGUGAGUGCUACCAAGGCGAGAAACUGCUUUGCUGCCAACAGACACUGGCCGAGCUCGGCCACGUCCAGGAAAAAUGGCUGAAUAUGAGCCUUCGUCUGUUCAGAAGACACCCCUCUCCCAAUGGUGAACCCCGUGGAGGCCAGCAAGCUGUAAGAGAGCUGGACGGGGUCCUGUCCGAGCUCCUCAAACAGCUGGACACGCAAGUCAGCGGAGAUAGCGGGACCCACGGACAGAUCACGUCUCUGCUCGGGUCGAUGGAGUCCUGGGUUUCCAAGCUUGGAAGAGUGAUUGGCCAACCAGAAUUGAAGCCCGUCUCUGACUGGCAGAAAUUGGAAAAGGCACUUUACAUGUGGCAGAGCUUGGCUGAAAAGGCCUUGCAGAGCAUCUCCUGCUGGCAGACAGAAAACAAGAACAAAAACAACAUUUAUGACCCAUAUACAGAGACAGAAAAGGUGGUAGGCAAAGUGCAGGAGUUCGUAACCAGCCUGUCAAACUUCACUGAUGGUGAGAACCAAAGACUCAAUGAGGAGGUCAGGUCUAUUCACAUGGCUCAGAUUCGCUGGAUGUUGGAUCUGUUGCUCCUCAUGCUACCUGACCAUAGCGAGGACCAGACCCAAGAAGAGGAACACCACAUAACAAACAUUUCACAGCAGACAUUGGAAGAGGAGGCCAAGAUGCUGGCUGAGAAACUGGACUCUUUUUCCAGAUACAUCAUCAGCUCUUGCAAGCUGAUUCUGGAGGAGCAGACUCUGCAGAACCAACAUGACGUUGAUGUUGAAAAUGAGAUGAAUGAACUCAAAAAGCUACAGAGGGAGGGCAUUGAUUGGGUGGAAACCUGUAUGAUCCUGCUCUCAGGAGUGAAAGGUGAUCCUGUGGAUCUGCCCGUCAGAAAGGCUGACCCUGCCACCAGCAGCGAUGUCCAAGUCUCCCCAGCAGACAGCACAGAGUCUCUGGAGAACAAUGAGGUUUCAGCAGAGCCUACAGCAGAGACUGAACUCGAAUGUGAGACAGAAUUGAAAGAGUGUACCACUGCAGGACAUGAAACACAACAGGAGCUUUGUCAGGGGGAGCUAACGGUUUGUGAGAGCCCAAUGGUGAAGCUGAUUGACUAUGAUGGAAACAUUAAGCAAAAAAAGCUUGCAGAAAGCAGCGUCCACCUGAAUGGGACUGAGGAGCUUGUUCGGUCUCCAGUGACGAAUGAAGCACAGAAAGCUUUCAGUGAUUUGACCACAGUAGGACUACUGCAGCAGGAACUGCAUGACUCCGAGCUGCGGGUCCAGAGUGCCGAGCAGCGAGCUCUGAAGGCUGAAGAAGCCCUACAGGCAGCGUUGGAAAAGAUUCAGGACCUGGAGAGACAACUGCAGGGUCCUCCCAGUCUGGAGGCCAAAAGUAGAGAAGAGAAAAAGAGAACCCCACCACCUUCACUGCCAGCAGUAACACCUCCAGCUCCUCCAAAGAAAACCACAGCUGAAGCCAAACCGGCAAGCAGCACCAAGAGGACCAAGAAACGGUGAUCUGAUAAGGUGUCACAAUGUGUGGGACUGUCCAGUUAAUGUUGGUUGAACUAUUUUUAAAAGCAUAUUUGGGGUUUUAUAUUCCAUGGUUUUUCUCUGCCGUAAUAACAUCAGAGGGGACCCCUUCACCUGCACAGCAUCAUCCACCAAUGCUGCCACAUGAGUAAGAAAAAAGUAUUUAGAGUAUCAGGAGGUUGUACAAUAUUCAGACUUCUUGGCUGUUGUACCAGAGUGAAUGUAAUUAGAUUGCCAUUCAUAUAACGGCUUGCUGUGGUUUUGUUUAACCUUGUGUCUGUGUCUUCCAUGUAAAGGCAAAUUAGUUUUGGUUUUCAUCCAAAAAAUAAAGAGAUGACAUUUUGAAAA